AUGGAAGUGCUGCGCCGCUCCUCGGUCUUCGCUGCAGAGGUGAUGGAGGUUUUUGACCGCUCUCCCACUGACAAGGAGCUUGUGUCCCAGGCCAAGGCUCUCUGUAGGGACUACAUAAACUCCCGGCUGAUCCGAGCGGGUGUCAGCUGGAGCAAACCCGAGCACAACGCGCCGGUGCCUGGCGGCAAGCUGGCCGAGGUGUCCGCCAUCCUGCUGCGACUAGGGGACGAGCUGGAGUACAUCCGCCCCACCGUGUACCGGAACAUCGCCCGGCAGCUGAACAUCUCGCUGCACUCGGAGACGGUGGUGACGGACGCCUUCCUGGCCGUGGCUGCGCAGAUCUUCACCGCAGGCAUAACGUGGGGCAAGGUGGUGUCCCUCUACGCGGUGGCAGCCGGGCUGGCCGUGGACUGCGUGCGACACGCGCAGCCCGCCAUGGUCCACACCAUCGUGGACUGCCUGGGAGAGUUUGUCCGCAAGACCUUGGUGACGUGGCUGAAGAGGAGAGGAGGCUGGGCAGACAUCACGAAAUGCGUGGUGAAUACGGACCCCAGCCUGCGCUCCCACUGGCUGGUCGCCGCCGUCUGCAGCUUCGGCCACUUCCUCAAGACCAUUUUCUUCGUCCUGCUGCCCGAGAGAUGAGCCCGAGCGCGCGGCUGCAGCCCAGCCCCGUCUCCUCCCCCGCUCCAGAAGCAGCCUCGACACCAGGCUCUGAAGAGGAGGAAGAGAAGGAAAAGCUGGGGCGAGCAGAAAGCUUCAGCUGUGAGCGCCUCACCAGCCACCGUCUCCUUUUUUUUGUGGCCACGGGAGCCUUCUCUCCUGCUCACAGUUAUCCCCUCAAGAUUCCUGUUUUCCUGGGUGACUUGCGUGUGGCUCGGACCGGUGACAGCCACGUGUGCUGUGGACUUGCAGCCCUCGAACUUGCCUUUCAUCCCUCUUCGUCGUUAUGUUAGUGCUUAAGUGCUCUCCUCUCCUUCACACCUAGCUCUGACUUGUGGGACUCUCCCCCCAGCGCAAAGCGGCUGGGGGAAUAGUUCAGUCAUGGCUUAUUAGUGUGAUGGGAAACAUCCCAUGGUCAGGUGCUUCCUCUUCGGAAGUGUCUUGGAAACCACUGAGUGGCUACAGAAGGAAAGGACCAAAGGGUGGUGGGGUUUGAGGUGGUCAGUAAACAGGAGGGUGAAUGUCUUCAGGCAGCAAGUUGGGUUUGGCUCUUGUGCAGAAAAGGGGUUUUCUCCACUGUGGUUCAAGCAGAGCUCAACCUGUAAGUAGGACUGUCUGAGGGGGCACAGGGAGGAUUACGGGGAACUGGGAGUGAACCGGGCCCUGUUUCCAAGCGGGAAGGCCGUAUCCAAAGCGACUGCUCCGUGUUUCUCCUUUGACGUCUUCAGGAGUGCAACUCGUGGUCUUCUGCUGUGGCAAAAAAUAAAAGAGAAGAGGUGGUGUUUGGCUAUCGCAAAGGGUAUCGUGUCUGCUUGCAAACUCCAAAAAAGGCUGGGCCAGGGCAGAGAGACCAAACCCUCGGUCCAGGCUAAAAAUACUUCGGAUUUUCCCCUGGUAGAACGUGUUAACGUGCAGUUAAAACUGCAAUUUGCCUGCGUCCUGCAAGGAUUUAAACCCAGCUAGUCACCGUGUCAGAAUUUUGCUCUUUUCUCUGACAGAAAUCCAGCCUUGCUGCCAUCUCAAGGGGAGGCCACAGAGCCUCUUCUCAGCACUGGGGAUGCCCUCUU